AUGGAUUAAUCUUAAAGCUAAGGCCAAUAGGAACCCUAUAUUAAACCAGCUGCUGUUCCAUAACCUACUCUGAAUGGUCUGUAUAAUUAGAUAAAUGAUGCAGUAUUUGAUAAGGAUACCAGAAAAUUUAUUGAGGAUGAAAAGGCAAAUAAUAGAAUAUUCACAAAAGCUUAGAAAGAUAUUUGUUGGGGGAACUCAGCAAUGAUUCCUCUGCGAGAUCCAAAGAGAUGGAGAUUAGAUCCAAUAGGAAAUCCAGUAUUCUAUACAUUAAGAGGAUGCCAUGGGGCUCUAUGCCAUGAAUAUGAUCAUAUUAUUCCUUUCUCAAAAGGAGGGAAGACAAGUGUACAUAAUUGCCAGAUUUUACAAACCAAAGUUAAUAAGUUCAAGAGCAACAAAGUAGGAAUAUCACUAGAGGAAUUAAAAAAGAGUAGUAAGCCUAUUAAAUUAUCACAUAGAGAUAUGGACAUGAUAGAAUAUUCAAUAAUGGGAAAUAUACAGAGAUAUGAUAUGAAGACAGGCGAAGCCAAGGAGGUAGAGUAACAAUUAUUUUGA